AUGUUUUCAAUAGCUUGCUAUAAACGUAUAAACGUAUCUAUCUAUCUAUCUAUCUAUCUAUCUAUCUAUCUAUCUAUCUAUCUAUGUAUCUCUCUCUCUCUCUCUCUCACACACACACAUAGACACACAGUCUCUCUCUCGUUCUCUCUCACUCUCACUCUAUCUAUCUAUCAAAUUCGUUUUGUACAAUCAAUCAAUCAAUCAAUCUAUCUAUCUACCUAUCUAUCUAUCUAUCUAUCUAAUACGUUUUGGACAAUCUAUCUAUCUAUCUAUCUCUUCAGAUCUCUCUCUCUCUCUCUCACACACACUGUCUCUCUCGCUUUCUCUCUCUCUCUAUCUAUCUAUCAGUUUCGGUUUGAACUAUCUACCAAAUUCGUUUUGUACAAUCUAUCUAUCUAUCUAUCUCUUCAGAUCUCUCUCACUCUCUCUCUCUCUCUCUCUCUCUCUCUCUCUCUCACACACACACACUCUAUGUACCCAUCUAUCUAUCAGUUUCGGUUCGAACAAUAUAUCUAUCUAGCGAUCAAAUUCGUUUUGUACAAUCUAUUCAUCUAUCUAUCUAUCGAUCUAGUUCUCUCUUCAAAUAUCCCGCCUCUCUCUCUCUUUCUCGUAUUUAAAAAUUGUAAUUUUACGCCUACCUGCCUACACAUUCAAGAAUCAUAA